AUGAUCAAGCGGUACUUUGUCGAUCAAAUUGCCAAAGACGAUAGCGAAAAGAUCAACGUGGCGAAGAAAGACAACAACUACAUGUUCUUUACGACCUCGAGGUUCAAAUUUCUCGAUAUCAAAAAUUUUCUCUCUCCUGUUAUGAGCUAUGACCUAUGGUGGAAGUCUCUGGAUUGCAAGCUCGAAAAGCUGGUGUUCCCCUACGAGUGGCUGACGAGCUAUGACAAGCUAAACCACGUCGGCCCCGUGAAGCACAAGAACUUCUAUAGCAGUCUUAUUGGGAAAAACACCCUCUCUCUUGAUGAGUACGAAACAUUCCGUGCAGAGUUUUACAAGCGAGGCUUCGUCACCAUGAUGGACUGGUUGUGUGAGUACACUUUAGCCGACGUGGAACCUUUCAUCGAAGCUGUGGACAAGACAAGGUUGCAGUACUACGACGACGAGAUAGACAUUUUAAAAGACGCAGUGCGCAUACCAGGUGUAUCGAUGCGCUACGUCUUGAACAAGUCUCUACGACUGAAUCAAAAGCUAGAGCUAUACGCUCCAGGAGAGCCUUGUAAGCAUAAGUGUAAUGAAGAAUGCUUCAACAAGAAGUGCAAGGCGUGCAAAAAGGUGCAAAAGGCUUGCACUGAGUGCACGAAGAAUGAGGCGUAUGAACUGCUUCAAACGGGGAUGGUGGGAGGGCCUGCCAUCGUGUUCUGUAGGUACCACGAGAGAGACGUGACGGGUAUCAGAUCCCACAUCUACCAGGAGCCACGGAAGUGCAAAACUGUUUUGGGGCUUGACGCGAACAUACUGUACCCGAGUACGUUGAUGAACUACUUUCCUUGUGGGAAGGAGAAGCUGAUCAAGAUCAACCCACCCACGGCUGAGCACAACAUCAGACUGUUGAUAGAAGGUAUGCAAAAUGGAUCCCUCUUUGGUUGUGCGCAGGUCGACAUCGAGGUCCCUCUGAAACUGUAUGACAAAUUCAACGAGAAGGCUCCGCUAUUUGUGGUCAAGGAGAUACCCGACGAUCAAGUCCCCGAGCACAUGCACGAGUACCUAAAAGCAACAGGGCGCAAACGUAUUUCAGGCACACGUAAGCUCCUAGGGUUGAUGAAAGCUGAAAAGAUCUUGCUGUACACUUCGGUGCUAAAGUGGUACCUUGACCAUGGCCUAAAGGUGACAGCGUUUCACCAAUUUAUCAAAUAUAAGCGAGGUAAACCGUUUGCGUGGUUUCCAGAAGAAAUUGCUGAUGCACGAAGACAAGCCGAUAAGGAUCCUGACAAGCGUCUGGCUGGAGAUACGGCCAAGCUGAAAGGGAACUCGUUCUAUGGAAAAAUGAUCGAGGACCAAGCGAGGCACGCGAACACCACCUUUACGAGAGAUGAAAAGAAGGUGGAUGAAGCGAUGAGAUCACCAUACCUUGAAGAUCUUGAAGAGAUAGGUGAUGCUUACGAGAUCCGAGAAGGAAAGAAAAAGGUGCAUAUCGACAGAGCGUACCAGUGCGGCAUUGCGGUGUACCAGCUGGCCAAAUUGCGCAUGCUUGAGUUUUAUUACGAUUUUUUGGAUAAGUACGUGGAUCGUCGAGACUUUGAGAUGAUUGCUGACUCAAUCAAGUCUUAUUUCAUCGAAGAUAAAGAGGGCACAAAAUUCUCCUGUAAGGCCAAAAACGUAGGUUUCCGGGUGAACAAACAGGGGAUGGUUACGUACGAACAAAACAAGCUGGGCCUCUCGGCGUUUUAUGAUAAGCGGAAGGUACUCGAGGAUGGCAUCCACACAGUACCGCUAGAGUUGUGA